UUGGCCGUGCCAGUGGGCCCUUGAGUCGAAACAGCUUUUGUUUUUCUCCCUGGUGAAUGAUUUUUUCAUCGUAAGACCAGCCGUAGUACAAAAAGAAGACGGAACAGUAUGCUGCGAUCAUCUUCAAGUGUAGACGGCCUGUCGAUGGAGGAUAAGAGCGGAGAUCUGAAGGACCGACGGAAGUCCUGUCCGGGCGGUACUACCCCUGUGGACAGUACCAUCCUCAUCAAACGUCAGCCUUAUACCCAGGUGGCGUUCGACGAACUUUAUUUAAAGGAAGCAAAUCCGGAUAAACCGCCCUUCUAUCAGCGUGCAAUAGAAAAAGUUUCAUGCACUCCGAAGAAAGUGUUUAAGGUUCUUUCCGGGUUUCUCCCAAUCAUCAAAGUCAUUCGUUACUACAAUAUUAAGGAAAAUGCUAUCAUUGAUAUUUUAUCCGGAGUUACCAUUGGAAUUUUGCACAUUCCACAAGCUUUGGCUUUUGGAUUACUCACCUCCGUGAAAGUGGAAAAUGGACUCUAUACAUCUGUUUGGCCGAUUAUCUUGUACAUUAUAUUUGGAACAUCUCCCCACGUUUCCAUGGGAACAAGUGCUGUCAUUUGUAUUGUGACUGCAAGUGUUGUAGACAAACAAGCUGAAGUAUUUAAGGCUGCCAAUCCGGAUCUACGAUUAAAUUUUGUCAAUGCGUCUUUAAAUGCAACACUUCCGGAAUGGGAAUCGAUCCCGGAAUUCAUGGAUUACAAGGAGCAUGUGGCAAUGACCAUAUCAUUAUUCGUCGGAGUUAUUCUACUGAUCAUGGGUUUCUUGCGUCUUGGAUUUAUCACCGCAUAUCUUUCCGAGUCAUUCUUUGCUGCAUUCACUUCCGGUGCCGCUGUUCACAUCGCAACCAGUCAGCUUCCACCACUACUGGGAAUUUCCAUUCCCAGAUACGGCGGUGCCUUUAAGAUUGUCAAAACUUACAGCGCUCUUUUUGGGCACAUCACAGAAGUAAAUUUUGCCGCCAUCAUCACAACUGUCCUUUGUAUUGCGUUUAUCUUCAUAAUAAAGGAAUGUAUCAAUGAGAGAUUCAAGGACAAAUUAUUUAUUCCCAUUCCAGUUGAAUUGUUGGUGGUUAUCAUCGCUACUCUUGCUUCCUAUCUUGGCAAUCUGUCGGAAGAGUUCGAUCUCGCAAUCGUCGGAGAAAUUCCUUCCACUAUACCUCCACCCGUUUUACCCGACACAACUGGAAUUCAAGAUUACUUUGUCGAUUGUUUUGUCAUCGCUAUUCUCAUCUUCGCUAACACCAUUGCUAUGGCAAAGGUUUGCGCCAAAAAACACAACUACGAAGUGGACGACAGCCAGGAAUUGAUUGCAUACGGAAUGUGCAACUUUGUCAGUGCUUUCCUGAAAUGUUUUCCCUCCGCUGUUGCCCCACCAAGGUCUAUGGUUGCCUCCAACAUGAAUGCUAAAUCAACAAUUAACGGAGCCUUUGCAGCUUUACUGAUGAUUCUCGUUAUAAUGGCAAUGAGCGUUCUGUUUGAACCCUUACCUAAGGCUGCCUUAGCCUCCAUCAUCGUGGCUGCUCUCAAAGGACUCUUCAUCCAAAUGGGAGACUGCAGAAAAUACUGGAGAAUCAACAAAAUAGACUUCGUCAUUUGGUUCGCAACUAUCUUCAGUGUUGUUUUCCUGGAUAUUGAUUACGGUCUAUUCAUCGGUGUCGUCGUUUCACUGAUAACUGUUGUCUUCCAGACCCAGUUCGCUCGCGGGUACAGACUCGGUAGAAUCGCCAAAGACGGUGCCAUUGUAGAAUACAAGAGAUACGCCGAUUCUGUGGAGGAUUCCGGAGUCAAGGUUUUCCGUUUCCAAGCCAAUCUGUUCUUCGCUAACGCUGAAAUUUUCCGUAACACACUGUACAGAUGCACUGUCAACCCGAGGAAACUUUUGAAAUUCUUGAAGAAACAAGAGCGCAAAGGAGGUAACAAAGAAAAGAAGGUAUCGACCGACCUUACAUCAGUUACCAUUCCAGGAGAACGCAAAUCUUCCCAAGUCAGUAUUAACUCAAAUGGCAAAGGCUCAAUUAUUAACACAUCUUCAACAGCCACCCUCACCAAGAGCGAUAAUCCUGUAUUUUCAAUUUCCGACGAAAAUCUCUCCCGUACAUCUAACUACUCAGGAAAUGGAAAUUACCAGGGCAUGCCAAGACAGAUGUCAACGGCUUCCAGUCUCAGUCAACUGCCUUAUGAAGAAGAUCCAGACACUGGAGAUGAGCUUGUUACACCCGAGAAAAUUAGAAUUAUGCGCAAAACUCAUCACAUUAUCAUUGACUGCUCCAACAUCAAUUACCUGGAUGCUUCCGGUGCAAAUGUACUUGGACAUAUUUACACAGAGUACGAUCACGUAAAAAUCAAGGUUUAUUUGGCUGGCUGCUCUGUAGAUAUGAUGAAGACAAUGUCCCAAGCUGGUGUAUUCGAUAAAAUCCCGAAGGAGAACCUUUUCUUAACGGUGUACGACGCCAUCGCUGUUGCAAAGACACAAUCUAUUCGCCCACUUCCGCCCGUGGUUGAAGAAUUCGAUGACACGGAAGCAGCCGAAGAUUCCUACAUUACAAAUAUUCAAUAAGCGUUUAACAAAGGGUCUAAAAAAUCCAAUUCAACUCAAAGAUGUUGAAUUAUUCAACGUCUCCAAAAAAAAUAUAUGCCGAAAUUACCCGACAUUAUCUGUGACUUCCUUCCUGUCCGGAAACUGGCAACAUCGGCAGCAAGAGGAACCAGUUUAUAGACACUGCGACCAAGAAAGUCAAGACUCCACAAGUAUUAGCUUUAUCUGAAGCUUGUUGUGUUUAUGUACACUCAAAUGUUACUUUGUUUCAGAAAUGUUGUAUUUGUACAUAUAAGUAUUUUAUGUUUUGUAUUGAAUAAAUAAUAUAGCUUUUUUUAUCACGUGAAAGUGCAAUACCAAGAAAUAUAUGAAAUAACAAUUCUGCUCUAGUACCUACAUAGAUAGAUUUUAAAGAGGACACUCUGUACAUAACAAUAGGUUAAUUUUUUAAAAACUUGAUACUAACUAUAUGCGGACUAAUUUGUAAUCAGAGUUAUGACUUUAUAAUUAAGAUUCUACUUUAUGGGCAUUACAUGUAUGUUUCAAGCAGUUUUGUGUUAUAUGAUAUUUCCAUCGAUCAGUCCCCUUUUAGAACGAAGGGUAUAAAUUAUAAACACAAAAAGUUUUA